AUGUUGCUUACACUCAUGUAUCUCGCCAUGACCAUCCGCACAUCGCUUAAGUUUAGAACGAUAAGAAAUAAUCUCAGGAAAAUACUGACCGAUCGCUACGCUGUCAGCUUUUACACUACAUCCAGUGCUACUGCUGAGGGUCUUGAUUCGCCCGAAAGCUCACUGUCCGCAAACGUGUCCUCGUGUAUAUGGUAUCGUCCCGAUCAGCGAGGCUGUCUGGUGUAUCCCGCCCAGCGGAUAGACCUCUCAAACUGGCUAAGCAUUCCGCAGCGUGUCCAGGCGUUGCAGGCUUCCUACAGCUGUCUGGAUCUGGCCACGGACACGUCCAGUGAUGAUUCUAUGCCACUUCAUCUCACGCUAGAAACAACGAACGAAUCGACGGCGCAAAGUGACGACGAUCUCGUUAUGCUAAGCCGGUUUGGACAGUUUUUGGCGUGGAAUCGCACAUCGCGUGGUUUGGAGCUGUUGCUGGAAGUGAACACGUCACGGCUGUUCCAACUGAUCGUGGCAACGUUCGGCCACAGUCGCUUCCACUUAAUCGGUGGACGAUUGAAACUUGUGCAGCUGGAAACUAUCGAAACCAUCGCUGAGCCAAUGCCAUUCGAGGAACUGGAACGACAGUGGAACCAAAACAUGUUCCAACAGCUACUGAAAGCACGCUACGCAGACGAGUGGCUUUCGGCGUUAACGCAGCUACCUGUUCUUCAGCACGAACCGUGGCAAUCCAGUCAUGCCACGGUUGCCAUGCAACCGGACAUCAUUUCAUCGAAUGACAUCAAGAUUUCACUCGAAGUGGCCGGUAAUGGUACGGUAGUUUCUAGUCAAAGUAGAACGGAUCUACUCUCUAGCGGUAGCAAUUCGCGCAACCGAUCGCAGCUGGAUCUGACGGACGGAAUAGUGUCGUCCCUCGAGCGCGACAGUAGUGCCUCGUCCGAAGACAGUCAAACCACCGUUCACACCGAGGUUAAAAAUGGAGACUAUAUUCAAUCGCCACCGGAAGAGCUGAGUUUCGAAGCGAAACCUGAAGCCACUGUUGCAGCGGCACCGACUCAACCGGCGUGUAGUUUAGAAACCAAAGCGUUUUCGCCAGUUUCGCCAACAAAUGGAGCCACCAAAGAAUUGUCUGAAACGAAAGAAACUGAAGAGGCCAAAACCUCCACCGUGAAUGUAGAACCACCGAGUGUAGCAAAUGGAGAGCUGAAAAGUGUAGUUCAACCCCUGCCAAUUAGUCAAUCUGCUUGCGGGUUGGCCGCAAAACAUACUGCCAGCGCGUCGCGAGAUAAACCGAAGGGGCGGACGUUGCGCAAAAGCUCGUUUCCUUCAAAUCGGUUGCGUUUGGGUGAUGGUCCGGCCGGUGUUGCGCCCAAACCACCGAAUAUACUGGUGCACUCGGAUAGCAGCUCGACGAUGGAGUACGUCAUCGCAACACUGAACAAUCUGCUGGAACCGAAUACCUAUACCAUCUACCCGAUAAGUACCGCCCAAACACUGGCCAACUGUUGGCAGCAGACCACCAAACUGAUCAUCGUGGCCGGAACACUCGACGUGGCGGUACGGAAAGUGUUGCUAGACUAUUUUCUUCACGGCGGUAUCGUGUUCAGUUUGUGCUCCGACUUGCUCGAUAGUAUACUGCCAGAUUCGAAAACAGCCGAGAUACGCGAGCGAGAGCUUGUGAGCUUCUCUUACCGCAAAUGGAAACAAAUCAAGAUGCUCCAUCACAUAUUCUGCUACCAACUGUCGCCUGCUAAGAAGCAGUUUUCCCUGGAAACCGAUGAACCCGGCACACUGCAGCCCUUAUCUUUCGUCGAUGUAAAAGACGUGUCCGGGAAGGAGCACUCGCUCGCCGUGGAAAUUCUGGCGCAAGAAGAAACCUGGAACACGCCCAGCAUUUUGGAGACACACAAUCGUAAAACCGGUGGAAGAGCAAUCUUUUCGCAGAUUCAUUUGGAGCUGGACCCAUCGUCGGUUCAAACGAGCAUCGAUCAGCCUGACGACACGCUGCAAAGCUCGAACGAGUUACGCUACGCAAUUCUGAGCGACCUCCUCGGAGGACGAAUCGGGCUCAAGCUGAAGCAGUCCAGCAAAGAGGAUGCCAUCGGUUACAAGAAUGCCUAUUUCUUGGGAAAACAUGAAGCCAAAGUGGAGGUGCUCGAUGCAUUGAAAGACGCUAUGGCCCGGCCAAACGUUAUCCAGGCGCAGGAAUUGACGCUCCAGUUCUGUGGCAAAAGUGAUGGCGCUCCGGGACCCGCGACCGAAACGCAUCUACCGGUGAUGAUUUUCCACUGUCCGGAGGACUUUUCCACCUUAGACUACUUUGAGAACUUGACCACACACAAAAUUGGUCGCAUUGGAAUUUACGCACCGAUCAUGAGCACCUCGAUGGCGAUCGUGUCCAACAUGACGCUGGCGCACGGCUUCAUCGUUAUCGCUCGGCAUCAGACCAAGGGUAAAGGGCGUAGUAGCAAUCAGUGGUUGAGCCCUCCCGGAUGUGCCAUGUUUUCCCUGCAACUACACAUUCCCAUGAGCAGCCCGCUCGGUCAGCGGUUGUCGAUGGUGCAGCAUCUCGUUGCCGUUUCCAUCGUCUCGGCCAUUCUCGCCAUCCCGGGUUAUGAGCACCUCGAUCUGGGACUGAAAUGGCCGAACGAUAUUUAUGCGUACGGUGCGGCGAAGCUCGGUGGCAGCAUCUUCAACACGCAAGUCGACGCCCAAACGGCCAUCGUGAACAUUGGCGUCGGGCUGAACUUGAGCAACAGCAAACCGACCGUGUGCCUGAACGACGUUAUUGCGCACUACAAUACGAAACAUUCCACCGCGCUGGCGCUGCUGUCGUAUGAGAAAACGUUUGCCCUGAUGUUCAACAAGCUCGAGGAACUGUACGAACGGGUGCAGUGUCGCGGAUUGGAGAGCCUGCAGCAGGAGUACUACCGCCACUGGUUGCACCAGGACGCGGAGGUAAGCAUGCUGGGACCAGGCGGCGAAUCACUGCAGGGAACGGUCGUUGGCAUCGAUGACUACGGAUUUCUGCUGGUCAAAAAGCAACCGUCCGGUGAAACGGUGUCCGUGCAUCCGGAUGGCAACAGCUUCGACAUGAUGCAGGGUCUCAUCAUACCGAGGUUUAGCUAAAUCACCCAAACCCUUGACCACGU